CAUGGAAUUAAAAGUUUGGGUUGAAGGUAUCCAAAGGAUUGUUUGUGGUGUCACAGUCAAUACCACAUGUCAGGAUGUAGUCUUUGCUUUGGCUCAUGCCACUGGCAAGGUGGGACGUUUCACCUUAAUUGAACGAUGGCGAAAUAAUGAACGUCUUUUGGCUCCCAACGAAAAUCCACUUAAGCUGCUACUCAAAUGGGGUGAAUAUGCAAAUGAUGUGCAGUUUAUAUUGCAACGUUCAGAAAGUAAGCAACAACAGCAGCAACAACAACAUGUUUCCUCUAAACACGAAAUACAACAGCAAAAUAAUAAUAAUAACCACAACAACACUAACAACAAUGAAAACACAACUGUGAUGUCCAACAAAAAAUCAUUGGGAUUAAGCAAUAAUAGCCAGCAUGUAAUUGAUAAACAAAAUAAUAACAACAACAAUAAUACUACUACUAACCCUCAACAACAAACCCAAACGCAUCAAAAACCCCUAACUAUGGAACUGAGCUUAAAUGCCGCCCAUGAAAGGGCCAAGGAAUUGAAAAAGAGUUUUGGGGUGCAUGAUGCCAAAAGUUUUGACAACAUUGGCAUAGUUAAGGGUGUACCACAACGUAACAAAAGUAAUCUCAACAAUACACAGCCCAAUAUGGCAGCUACAACCUCAAGUUCGGCAAUAAUUCCACGCCAUGAAAAAUCUCAUUCAAAUCCCAUAGAAAUGCCUUCAUCCGCUGGCGGAAAUAAUGGUGGCAAAGGAAAUGGUGCUUAUCACGAGUUCAAUAAUAACAACAACAAUAAUAAUAAUACAUCUAAUAAUAUCUAUCAACAAUUGGGUGCUCAUAAUAGUAAAUCAAUAAAUGAAAUUAAUUUGGCUGAAGUUCGUAAUGCAUUGGAUCGCCGAACUAUGGCAUUAAGCAGCAGCAGCAAUAAUCAUCAGGCGGCAACAGCAACAGGCAAUAAUCAUACAAGCAAUAACUCAGGAAUACAACCAAUGGGUGGUAGUGCUGAAAUAAUAUUCACCUCAAAUUUUACAUCAUCACCAUCGCCGAACAGCAACCACAACAAUUCACAUGCAAUGUCUACCAAUGCUGCUGGAGGUGGUGGUGGUGGUGGUAGCAAUGAAAAUCUCUUAGAUAUCUAUAAUGGAAAUAGUAAAUUUGCACAGGCUCCAGCUAUAUCGGCAAAUGGUGCAUUAGUACCGCCACCAUAUAGAGAUCCACCACCUCCACGCAACAGUCCAUUGCAGCAGCCAUCAAAUGUAAAUGCUUCAAAUGCAUUAUAUUCCAAUCAACCAAUUCAACAGCCAACGACAGCAUCUGGAUCAGCUGCUGCUGCUGUUGCAACGUAUCAAAAUCAAUCUCAAGAUUAUGAUUUUGUUGAUUAUCAACAAAUAAAUGAUUUGGUAUUGCCCGUUAGCAUGGAUGAGAGUGAAAGUAUUUUCCAGGCGACACAAUAUAAUGAUCUAUUGCAAUUGAUUAAAUUCCAAAGGGAGAAAAUUAAUCAACAACAAAUGGAAUUGACAAAGUACGAUGCCGAAAUUGUUUAUUUGGAAUCCAAAGAACGAGAUCAGGCUCAGGAAUUGGAGGCCAUAUCCAGGGAGAUAUCAAAAGCUGAUCAAUUGUUUAGACAAGGAAGUGAACAGCUCCUAACCUUACAAUAUGUCGAAGAAGAAAACGAAUUGGUUAAGCAACAGGAGAAAACUUUAAAGUCAGAAAUUGCAUUGUUACGUUCUAAAUUGGCCAAUUGUGAAACGGAGCUAUUGCAGUGUAAAAAUAAAAUACGCCUGCUAAUGGAUGAUAUUGAAAUUGAACAGCGUGCAAAUUCCAAACAGAAUAUGAGACAAAAUGUUGAACGUGAUUUCUUAAUGGAAAUGGAACGUAUACAAAGUGAAAUAGAUCAGGCCAUACACAAUACGGACACGUCGAAUAAAACUGCUGAAAGUUUGAAAAAAGAAAUUCUAUUAAUUGAAAAUGCAAUACAAGAAAAGAAGAGACAGGUGGAGCAAUUGGUUAAUGAAAUGAAAGAAGUUAAUUUGCAGAGUUUAACGGUAACUACUUCCGAGGAAAUUAAACAUUUUUUAGAAGGUUCCAAUAAACCUGGCAGCAGUCGCCGUAUUAUCGGUUCUCCAAGGCAAUUGGAAAAUGCCGUACCCACAAGUAAAAAUCCACAUGGUGUAUGGGUUUAA